GCAACAGUUUGGCUUCUCUUUAACAGAAAUCCGAAGAGACAGAGAUCUGCGUGUUUGGGACGUCGAGUUCCAGCCCUCGGGAUUUUCAACCCCGAGAGAUGGAGCUCUCCCUAAAGUUCGGUGGUCAACUCACAAAAGUAAAAUUGGAGCCUCUUGACGCUAGCCUACCAGAACAGGGCCAGCAACAGGAAUGCAACGCGUCUUCAUCGGGAGACAACAAUUACGGGGCAACUCGAGGGAUGAUCCAAAUUAAAGAAGAACCUCGAGAGGAAUCUUCGGACGAACAUCUGAUCAUUGAAGUGAAGACAGAGCCUUACAACACUGCAAUUUUGGACCAGGUGGGAUACAGCCAUGACUCAGCAUCAGAAGGAGUGAAAGAAAGCAGUGGUGGGCUUCACAUUAAGGACGAGCUCAGAAGCACUUGCGAUCACGCAUCUUCAGGUUGCACCUCUUCCAGUGCACAGUUUGAGACCAGCACAACAACAGUUGAACCGCGGUUCGAAAACGUUGCACUAGUCACUAUUGACGGUCGACCGACAGAGCAAUCUUCAGACCAGAGCGAGACCCAAGUGGCGGGCAAGUCAUCGACGUUCGGACAUGAGAAAGACAGGCUUUAUAAGUGCAGUGUUGGUUUGGCUACAUGCAUUGACACUGGGCUCUUGGAAGAUGAUCUCAAACCACACAAAACAAAGACAUUUACCUCUGACAUGUGCUCCGCGGCAAUCAGUCAUGCAUCAACUCUGCAAGUGCAUGCAAAACAUUCCAUGGGAGUAAGGUUGCAUAAAUCCAAGAUAUGUGCAUUUGCAUGCGCAUCGAGUGCAUACAAGUGCGAUCUCACCCCUGCAGAGUCCAGCCACACUAUGUGCCUGCGGCAUCACAAGCAGACACACAUGGGCAAAAAGCGCUACCGGUGUGAUCUCUGUCCUACAGAGUUCAGCCAUUGCACGAGCCUGUGCCGGCACAAGCGGAAGCACACAGGCGUGAAGCGAUACAAAUGCAAUCUCUGCCCUGCAGAGUUCAGCAACAGUGAGAAGCUGCGUGAUCACAAGAGAACACACACGAGUCAGGGGCCAUACAAGUGCGACCUCUGUCCUGCACAGUUCGGGCAUAGCACAAUCCUGAAAUGUCACAAGCAAAGACAUACAGGCGAGAAGCCCUACAAGUGUGACCUCUGUCCUGCAGAAUUCAGCCUUAGCUCUAGCCUCUAUGACCACAGGGGGACGCACAGAGAUGAGAAGCCCAAUAAGUGCGAUCUUUGUCCUGCAGAGUUUAAGAAGAGGGACACCCUGAAGUGUCACAGGAGAUCACACACGGGAGAGAAGCCAUACAAGUGUGACGUCUGCAUUGCAGCGUUCAGCCGUAGCUCCAGCCUGUUGCGCCACAAGUGGACGCACAUGGGCGACAAGCCCCAUAAGUGCGACCUCUGUCCUGCAGAGUUCGGCAAAAAGAUGGGCCUACAGUGCCACAGGCGAACACACAUGGGAGAGAAGCCAUACAAGUGCAAUGUCUGCCCUGCGGAGUUCAGCCACGUUACGAGUCUGUCAUAUCACAAGCGAAAACACACAGGCGAGAAGCCCUAUAAGUGUGACAUCUGUACAGCAGAGUUUAGCCGUAGCUCUAUCCUGUUGAAUCACAAGCGAAGACACACAGGUGAGAAGCCAUAUAAGUGCGAUCUCUGUACUGCAGAGUUCAGCAGUAGCGGAAACCUAUCACGCCACAAGCGGAUACACACGGGCGAGAAGCCCUACAAGUGUGAUCUCUGUCCUGCAGAGUUCAGCAACAAAAUGGGUCUACAGUACCACAGGCGAACACACACGGGAGAGAAGCCAUACAAGUGCAAUGUCUGCCCUGCGGAGUUCAGCCACAUUAUGAAUCUAUCAUAUCACAAGCGAAAACACACAGGCGAGAAACCCUAUAAGUGUGACAUCUGUACAGCAGAGUUUAGCCGUAGCUCUAUCCUGUUGAGUCACAAGCGGACACACACGGGAGAGAAGCCCCAUAAGUGCAAUCUCUGUACUGCAGAGUUCAGCAGUAGCGGAAACCUAUCACGCCACAAGCGGAUUCACACGGGCGAGAAGCCCUACAAGUGUGAUCUCUGUCCUGCAGAGUUCAUCGAGAGCACGAAGCUGCGAUAUCACAAGCGAAAACACACUGGCGAGGAGCCCUAUAAGUGCGACCUCUGUCCUGCAGAGUUCACCGGCAGCACGAAAUUGCGGUGUCACAAGCAGACACACCUGAGCGAGGUGCCCUGCUAGUGCUACCUCUGUCUGACAGAAUUUAGCCACAGUCCAGACCUGGGGCAGUACAAGUGGACACACAUGGUCGAGAAGCCAUACAAGAGCAUUCUGUGUCUUGCGAACUUGAACCAGAGCACAGAUGUCCAGUGAUACCGUAGGUGGACUUAUAUGGGUGUGAAGAGGUGGAGCCUCUGUCCUGCAGAGUUCAACCACAGCACACACAUACACACACAAGCCAGAGGACCAGCAGAGCAUGAAUGUGUGGCUUCAUAAGUAGGCAUGACACACUUGGGAUAGAAGCUGUACAACUGCAGUCAACACGGCCACAUGAAAGAGAGAAGGCAUCCAAGUGUCUGUUCCGUUGCAUGUCCUUAAACCUUUCGACCUAAAGGAGCACACAGCAAGGCGCAGGAGAGAAAGGCUGUAGAGAUUCUAUCUGUAUGCCCAGCGUAUCUUAUUUUCUUUUGUAUGCUUCUCCUGAUUCUUCUCUUUGGAUGUUUCACUUGAGACUCGAGCACAUGAACAGACGGAGGUUGAUGGGAGUUGAAUUGGUGCUGGGUUGGGUGGUGAUGCAUGUGAAAUCUCAAACACCGUACCCAGUGCCAAGGAACAAACAAACAAACAUGGAAAGGACAUCACACAGGUGUGAAAUGCCAACCCAGCUUUAUAUCCUUUAUUUCCACGAGCAAAAUUCCUGUUCCCUUUUCAUUAUCCCUGUGACAGACACACCUUUUUUACUUAUUUUAUGCCCUCACUUUGCUAAACCAUUGAAAUAAAGAAAUUUUGCAAGAUGUAACAACUUUUAAC